AUGUCAUCGCCAACCGAGAAUGCCAUGAGUUCCCUGCGCGGAGCACCAGAGGGUGAUGGGCCUGAUGCCGUGGGAACAGCAACAGCAACAGCAACAACAACAACAACAGCAACAGCAACAACAACAGCAACAGCAACAACAACAGCAACAGUCGACAGCCCUCCCACGGAGGAAGCAACAGCACAUCAAGGAAGCGGGGAGCAGGAGGCGACUCAUGAGGACGAGGGAAUAAUCGAAGUAGAGGAUGAGGGUAAUGAUAGUGGUUAUGAUACCACCGGUACGUCUUGUCAGACAUCGUUGAACUCAUCUGUGUUUUUGUUCAACCAUGAACAUGGCCACCGAUAUCAUCGCAAAACGGACGCACUCCUACCAAAUGAUGAAAAGGAACAAGAGCGCCUCGAUUUGCAACAUGAAAUCUUCCGGUUGUUGCUGGAGGGGGAGCUUUGCAGUACCCCAAUCGAAGAAACUGGUUGGAAGAUCCUAGAUAUUGGGACCGGGACUGGAAUCUGGCCGAUUGAUGUUGGGGACGCGCAUCCAUCGGCGACUAUCUUCGGGAUUGACGAGUCUCCUAUCCAACCGACUUGGGUGCCCCCGAAUGUUCAGUUCGAGAUCGACGAUGUUAACAAGCCAUGGCUCCAAAAGCCCAACUCCAUCGACUUUGUGCAUGUCCGGACAAUGGCUGGUUGUAUCGCUGACUGGCCAACGAUGCUGCGAGAAGCCUACAAAGUACUGAAGCCUGGCGGUCGCAUCGAAGUCGCCGACAUUGUGUGGAACUUCGACUGCCAAGAUGGCUCUCUUCUCCCAGAUUCCAAGGCAAAGUACUGGGCAGAUACCUUCCAUGUCCUAGCACAAUCCCAUUUCCACGUUGAUUUUGCACCUUCCCCCAGUAUGGCGGGUUGGCUAGCGGACGCCGGGUUUGAAGUCGAAGAUCCUUUGAUCAAGGUGGUACCAGUCGGUCCGUGGCCGAAGAACCGCAAGCUCAAGGAGAUAGGUCACUAUUUUUUGGCUCAGAUGCUUGAGGGUGGCAUGGAGAAUUACUCGAUGAUGUUGUUUACAAAGGCUGGGUGGGACCCAAUUGAGGUCCACGCCCUCCUUGGGCAUGUUAGGAAAGAGAUUACGAAUCCUGCGAUCCAUGCUUUCACUAGAGCGUGGUUUCUUAGGGGAACCAAACCGAUGCCAGGAGGCACAUGA